GUGUGUUUACCGUGGUCGUCAUUCGCCUUUCAGGAGCAAAACUUGUACCGUAUUUUUGCUCAGUUAUAGAACAUCUCUGCACAGUGUUGUAGAGCAUGAUGGAGUGAGAGGAAAAUUACAUAAAACACAAAACUAUUCGUCUCCUCUUGGUAACGUUGCCGUCGUCGUCGGUCGAAUUUUGUGGCCAUAAUUUGCCAAUUGAAAGAAAAGUGCUCUUCGAAAAGUGUGUGGUUUUCCUCGUGUGACUUGCGGAAAGAAAAUCGGCUGGAGAAAUUCUGCAGGAUACUUUGUGCUUGCUCCGCGAUCGAUAGCAGACGUUUUCUUCGGAACAAGCAAAGAACACAUUCUGGACAUCCUCAAGAGCGAAUUUCUCUACGCCGCUUAGUGUGAGGAGAUCGAUCGGAAUAGGUCUGAAUCCUGAGACUACUAGCACCAGCGGUAGUAAUACAAACCGAAGUAGAGGAAAAUGUUGGACUCCUGAUACCUAAUUUUCGAACGCGGCCUCCUUCCUCUCUUCUUGUUCAUUCACCAACUGAUUCUGUGGAAAGGUAUUGAAUGUGAGAAAGAGAGUGAGAGAACCCUAUCGGAGGUAUCGUGUGACGAAACGGGACAGGCCAUUGUGGUAAGCAGCACAGAGGAGAAAUAAAACGACAGCCAGAUAUAACCGCUGCUGAUGUGUAGGAAUUUUCACGAAAAUCCUCCCAGAUCCUGAAAGUGAGGUACAGCUUUGGCAGUCGUGCUUGUUUUUUUCCUGCCGAAGACUGCGGCAUUGUUAAUUCAAGCUAAAAAGUCGUUUGAACAGAUCAAUGCCGAUUAUCAAAAACGAAAAGAAAGGAACGGAGGCACAUACUUUGUCGGUGGGUGAGCAAGAAUUCGUAGAGCUGCACGUUGUUAGCAGAGGGAGAAAAUUUUCUAGUCUAGUUCCGGCUGGUGCAUCGGCAGAAACAUAAAAUAUAGAAAACAAUUAACUUGAAUCGCGUGAGAAAAAUAUGUGGUGGAUUUGUUGGCCCGAAAACGAGUGUCGAUCCAUGCAGUGCUGAAAGAGUGAUGUUUUUUUUUCUUUCGCGUCACGUCAGAUUGCGUUAUCCUCUUGCGGAAGGAUUCACGCUAGGAUUUUGAGAGUGUUAGUGCGGUCCUAAUUUUCGGUGUCUGACACAACCAGCAGCGGACAGUGUGCAUAGUAAAAUUCCCUUUUUGCCUCGGAAGAAGAAAAAUCCGAUUGAACGUAAAAAAACAGGAUGGAAAACUGGUGUUGUGUAUGAAGUGUAUGUUCGGAAAAAAAUCUUCAAUUAAUUGGAAUGAGUAAUAUAAGUAGGUGGCGAGGAAACUGCAGUGUAACCCCGAUAUUUUUUAUUUGAGCUGAACGCAGAAAAUCCUGAUCUCCGAAGGCUAACAUUAUGUUCUUUCUGUGUUACCUCUGAGUGAAAUAGAAAUUGUCACUUUUCAAGCAAUAGAAUAGCUCUAAAAGUCGGAUUAGUUUUUUCGUCCAUGUUUUCUAGAUUCGGUCACUCGCGUAAUAUCGUAGAAUAACGUGGUGUUCUUUCGGAAGAGUUAGGAAAAUUUUUGGUGCAGAGCAAAAGUGUUUGCAUAAGAGGUGUUAAGUGUGGAAAAUUGCCUUCUAAUAUCCAGCAGAAAUAAGGUGUAAAUAAAGUGUGAAUCGAAAAAUAGUUACGUACAGUCGAUAGGAGGUAAUUUGGGUAUAGAAGUGUACAAACAGUUCGCCACGACGUCGACCAACAGCAGCCAGCCACCACCGACAGCAGCAGGAGGAGUAGGAACCGGGGCCGGACCAUCAUCAUCAACAACAGGAAGAGGCGGAGGAGGAGGGGGAGGAGGACGACGACGUUCCCGCAGUCAAGUACCAAAUAGUAGCGGCGGUAGUGCUAGUGCUAGCCGCAGAAGCAGCAAGACGGAUUACGCACGGCGGAGAAGUCCUCCUUCUUCGGUCACUGACGAUUCUUCCUCCUCGUUACUGCUGUCAGUGUCUGCCGGAGGUCGUACGGUAGGCGCCAUUGAACGCGAGCGGGAAAGCGGCGGCGGAGGCGGAGGUUCAGCCACCAGUCAUCAGCAUCAUCCACAUCCGCCUGAGUCAUCAUAUGAGAAGAGUCACAACAUGGCUUCGUCAAAUCACCGUGGCAUACAGAUUGGAUCGGCAUGGUUCCAACGGAAAAUCAAUCUGCGACCGCAGCAUCGCGGGGUUCAUCUGGUGACAGAGGAGAUCUUGCGACAGAUGCCCGAGCUAGGACAGUUUUCGGUUGGAUUGUGUCAUGUGCAAAUUUUACACACAUCGGCCAGUCUAGCGUUGAACGAAAGUUGGGAUCCAGAUGUACGGGACGACAUGGAAAUGAUGCUAAAUAAGAUUGUGCCGGAAGGACUACCAUAUCGACACUCAUGCGAAGGUCCUGAUGAUAUGCCCGCCCACGUGAAAGCGUGCUUUCUUGGCAGCUCACUGACAAUCCCCAUCACCGAUGGCAAACUGUCGCUCGGCACAUGGCAAGGUGUGUGGCUGUGCGAACACCGUGAUCACGCCGGCUCCCGAAAGCUAGUGAUAACGCUGUCCGGUUGCCCUCGCGACUCGGCACGGAGUCCACUGUCGCCGGUAUCACCAAUCGCGUCCACCUCCAGUUAGGGACGGCCUCGCUCUGCCCGCGAUAGUCGGUAAUCGUGGGUUAGAGCGGUGCUCUGCUGUACGUUUCAUACUAAUAAGAGUUAUAACACUACUACUGGGAGGGGGGUACACUUUGGAAGGAAAAUUACAAGAGAAAAACCUAUACAUCGCUACGAUAAUUAUUAUAACGUAACGGGCAAGCAAAAGCUAAUGAAUUAUAAGAGAGAAAUUUUAAUACGCAGAACAAAAAAAAACUGAGUCGACAGGUGUAGGCGACAACAAGUAAAUACUAAAAAUCUUGCGAUUAUCUUAUACGCAAAAAAAACCGGAGCGAAGAAAACAUCAAAAGAUUAUUUAAUUAACGAUUUGUAUGAGAAUAGAACCUAGAUAUAACAAAUAGAAAUCGCUAAACAAAUUUCAUAUAAAAAACGCAAGAGUAAUAGCAUUUAAGAUAUCUACUUGGACGUUUACUAUCGAAAUAGCCACGAAGGAACUUUUAAUUCAUUUUUUUUUUAUUUUCGUAUCCUCUUUUUACUAACAAAAACAACCAACCAAACGAAUAACUGAGAAAUAGCUAAUAAUACCAAAACCAAGUAGAUAUAGAGAGAUAUUGUUCUAUUAUUUUUCUACCUUUUGAUUUAUAUUCUUGAGAGAUCAGAACAAGUAGGCUGAACCAACGCGAACACGGAUGCACAAAUGUAGAGAAAAAAAAACUGGCAUACUAAAAACUUAAAUUUCAUACCGACACAAUAACACUACACGAGCAUAUUAUAAACAAAAUUCAUCGAUUUUGUAACAGUUUGUCAUUGAAGACAAUGACACAACAGCGAGACCAUGUCAUGUAAAUGAACGAAUGGUUUAACAGAGCCAUGUUUUCUAUUAUUUCAUUCAAAUAAAAAUAAAAAUUAUCAUUGAUAGCGCGUUUCUGUGACCCGGCAGGGGACGCCACGUGAGUGUGGUUGAGAACGUCACGAAUGUUGGGUGAUACGUUUGGUUGAAUGAGUAAGAUUUUUUUUUCUAAUACACACGCUAGUAGAAAGUUGAAAAAAUGUGCGAUUGUAAAUGCUGUUUAGACUAAGAAACGUUUUUAAUAUGCAUCUUAUUAUCCCGGAUUCUAUUAUAAGUUGGAUAGUGGAAAGCUCUAGCUAGCAAGCAAGCAAACAGUUGAAAGGUGAUUAGAGAAAGUGCAGACCAUAGCCGCCACACCACGCGUACCCGUUUGACAAAUGGUUCGCCUCGCGGGAGCGAUUACGAAGAGCACUACGGGGCUCGGAAAAUUACUAUCAAUAUUGUUAUGAGGAGUACAGUGUUGGAAGAAGGGCGCGGGAAAGUUGAUGGUUAAAUAGCAAAUCAAUUUCGGACGCGCGUGGUACAGCGAAUGUUUCACACUAGAGACUCAUUCAUGUUUUUGCGUUAAUACAGAAUGGGUGUUGGAUAGCGGUGCGCAGAACAGUGUUUGCCAACUCGCGCACGUAUUCGGGUUAAUGUGAGGAGUCGAUCGAGAGGAUGUUUUAUUAUGCUAUGUACAAGCUUUUCAAUGACUUUACCCUUUUUCCUAUUCCUGUGAAAAUCCCCAGUCGUCAGUCAUGUUUCAAUGUACAAUUGUUAUAUUUUCUAACAUUGAUAGUAUUGAAUUACGUUUGAGUCAUUUGAUGAUGUUCAAGAUGAAGCACAUCCCAUGGCACAGAACGUUUCCAUGCUGCAACAUCACCGAUACAUCACGAACGUUGAGCAAUGCUUGACCUGAAAUGAAUGCAAGCGACUUAUCCGUGUGGAUGCUCCACCAAGUGCAAGCCACUUUCUUGUACAGAGAUUCACCAAACCUAGGGUGGCAAUGGAUGUAUGGAAAAAAAUCAUCGAUUCUCAAAAACCAAAAUCAUCGAUUCUCAAAAAUCAAGCUCAAUCGGACAUUAUUUAGAAGUGCCUCAAAUCACUCAAAGUUUUGAUUUUUUGGCUCAACUCAAGCUAAGUCUCAAAAGGUCGAUUUUCGGACAAUUUUUUUAGAUAACAUCAGAUCUCGACGAUUCAUGCAAUUUGAAGACAUUUAAAGACAUUUGACAUCUACUGAGACCCGACAAUAUUUUGGAUCGAAACAAGAAGCAGGAAGAAACAAGAGGGAUUUCUUUGUUUCUUUCAUUUUUACACUUCUCGCAAUCUAAGACCAAAGUACGUAAACACGAUAGUGUACCGCUUUUUCACUGCAAGUAACGUUUUGUGUGAUUUUUUAUCGAUUUCAUGCUGAACAUUUUUUGUUAAUAAAAUGUUGAAGUACCACGUCCCGCGAUGCCGGAAUAGAAUUUCGAAUGAGAUAAACUAAUCAGAGAUGUUUUCAGCUAUCCCAUUCAUUCGCUCCUUGGAUCGGGAACGGGAACGACACUGCUUCGAUAUAACCUCUCCACACAUUUGUUUAUCGAUUUUGCAUUAUUUUUAUAGUACGGAUACGAUUUCACUGUUUGAAAUUUUGAAAUAAUUAAGUAAACUGCUAUUUCAUCAUUUAGAAAAAUAUUUUGAGACAGUUCUUGUGUUGUAAUUUAAAGAAUUAAAAAAUGUUUGACUUUAUAUGGAUUCGAUCGAUGGUUUAUUAUUAUUUUCUUCUUUUUUCUUUGCCUACCACUACUUGAACAAUGCAGGGAGUAGACUACCUUCUUAUUCUACGUACUUUGAUCUAAGACAAGACAUGACAUGACAACUGGCUUUUUACUCUUCUUCCUCGUUCAAGCGCGAACAACAGAGAUGCUGAGCCACUCGAGAAGCCAAGUUUCCAAAUGAGAUAAAGUUUUUGAAGACUAUUUUUCCAUAUCCCUAACAUAUGUUUUCGUACCAUAUAUUCAUGAAUAGUUUCAUUUGGAUGAAGUAGUGCAAAAUUGUUGCAUAUUUUUUAACAAAUUAUAUUUUUCUGUUAUAAUUUGUCAUGAACACUAGCUUGAGAGUGUUUACUAAAAGUACUAUAUUCAGAAGUGUCUUUUCAAAAAUUUUUGGCAACUCUCUAGAAUUGGUCUAGAAAAGGACCCCCUAUUGUCUGAUCGUGUGCCCUAUUAUAUAAAUUGAAACGAAAAGUCGACACAAUCACUAUCAUACCGAGCAAAAUUUCGUAUUUCGUAAACCGAGAUAAUCUCCUAUCGAGCUCGAAUUUCGUGUGUUGCGAUUGCAUAUAUUUAAGUGUUUCUGAAAUGUUUCCCAAAGGAAAAUAUCAGAGACGCAAACCUAAACAAAAUAAUUCUCUGAAGGUAUGCGACAAGCAAACCAAACAGCUCGAAAAAUUCUGACAGUUGCACCGAUAGCUAUCACUUAGUCGAUGCUAUCGACCUGUUCGAUAUCUAACGAUCUAACGAGCUAACGAGAUAAAUUCUUAUCGACUCGAUUUCUAUGGAAGGGUCCCUUAUCUUAGCUUGCAAUACUAUAAGAAUGUGACACAACACAUAAUUAAAGUGCACCGUGAAGUCAACGUAAAGGAAUGAAACAUCAAAUAUGUUCCCAUGGAAAUGGUCGCAUUCACAUACACCAUCAUCGGCAAAUAAGUCCAAGAGGAUAGUUGACGGAACGAUGACGGUUACGUCGUGUGUGUAUCGCACUUAAGGGGCAUUAGAAAAUCCCAUCGCCUGCUCUGUUCAUGCCUUGCCUAUAGGACAAUGAGUAAACCGAUAUCGUACUUCACUGCGAAAAACUGAGGUCGUGAAAAAGAAAUAUUUGUUUUCAUUCGAUCAAAUACAUUCAUCUCAUUCAAAUGAGAAGGAGUUGAUUUCCGUUUGACAAUGAACCCUUUCGAAUCUCAAUUGACGAUGUUAACCAAUUCCAAACGAUUGAGUUUUUAUGACGGAUGGUUUUCUUUGUCAUUUUCGUCGAUUUAUUUCGAUUGAGUUUGAUUUUUUACCGCACUAGUCAAGAUACACAAUUAUAUCACGAGCGAUCUUAAGAAAAAGCACUACUUCAGAUGUGUCGACUAGAUCAUCUGUGAGCACCAUCAACGUGUGCGAAACUCUGUUAGCUAAGUUGUGCACCUAAUGAAUAAACGGAGUUUAACACAUGAUAUCCACUGAACGCAAUUUAUCUGACAUCCGUUGCUUAGGUUGUCGAGAGGAGCAUUCGCCAUUUGCGGAAUCACGUAAAUGGAAAAUUGCAGAAACAAAUUAUCACCGACCUGUCGAUAAUAGCAGAUAGAAUCGAAUCACCUAUUUCGGUGAUCAUUGUCUGUAUCUACCUGCCUUGUGACGAAAUCCCGGAAUUAAGACGGAAGCUAUCUAAGGCGCUAGGAGGCUUGGAGGACCUAGAAAUCUAGGGGACUUCAACGCUCACUGGAGAAUGCAAACACCAGACAUGAGGGGGAAUAUCAUCACCGAUCUUUUGCAGGUGUUGGAGGUCUCGGUCCUCAACGACGGUACGGACACCAGCAAGACAGCCUCAACUUGGUCGACAAUUUACAUGGUAGUCGUAUUCAACGCCCCACAACACUCAACCAUUUGCAGACCUAAAUGGAUCUAUGAUAAAGCUAUUAGAAAACGAUCUCCGAUUUCUAGAACGCCAGAGAUAACCUGACAAUCAUUGCAGAAUUCAACGGGAUCGUCAAAAAGCGGCGAAAUUUACAACAAAGCCGCUGCUGGUCGUCUCAGAUUCAACGAGUGCCAUCGACGCCAACGGUGCAGCCAAAUCCAGACAUCCAUGGGUACAAGUACCUAUUGCCCGACACUGUCCUCGUGUGGAUUUCUGAACACAGUGGCAUUGCAGACAACGAAGUUACCGUAUGUGUGACUUUGAAAAAUCUCAAAAAUUUCCACCCGUUUCCGGAACGCACGAUAGGUCCUAAUAAUGUAGCCUGGAUCCAUUUUUCUCCAGGUAUGGGUAAUACUUUCUGAGGCAUGCUGUACUCAGGUAGCGUUUAGAACAGACCUUGGCUUUCAUGAUGCGCCAUACCAGCGGAUUGAGAUCGGGGUUGGAUGGCGGCCACAUAUUCUUCGCCCAGAACGGUAGAUGUUCCUGAAAUCAUUCCUGAGUGCGGUUCGAGGUUUUGGCAUUUGGCUUCGGGCUGUACUGCUCUUUGACCCGCUGAAGAACAUACUUACUUAAUAUCAUCUGUUUACUUUGUCUCCUUCUGGAAUAAAAAUCGGGUUCAUUUUUUAAACAUCGGAAGUCACCGAUCCAAACACCAUAACGCAAUGAGGAUGCUUGGUCAGAUACACGUUUUUUUGGCUCGUCUGUCAUGUCUUUUAGCGGGAGAGAAGAACUGAGGAAAUCGGCUUCUUUUACUCGUAGCAUACACCCAGGUUUUUUUUACGCGGGGGAUACGUACCUCGUAAAAAAAAACCGCGUUAAUUCGAAAAUCCGCGUAAAAAAACCGUGUUAAUUGGAUGCAUGAAUUUAAUUGUGUGUGGCUCUCGACGAGCGGACUUAAAUACAUGUACAUGAAUCUUUCUUCCCCCAUCCGUUAAUGUGGGGUUGGAUGAAACUUCGUUGCACACGAAGGUCGUACGGAGGAUUUCUGCUUCGCAGUGGUGUGCUCAUCAACCCAUUCUUGCACAAGCUUUAUGCUAUCUCGAGAUACUUCUUCUUGCACUUGCAGAUUCAUCAGCUAGCGACCCAGCUUGUAUUUCUCCUGGAAAUGCUUUCUCUGCAGCGCUAAUUGCCUCUGUUCCAACUCUAACUGCUUCUGGUCUAAUUCUUUCUGUUCUGUCAGGCAUUUGCGUUGCAAAAUCUGUCCUCCGACUUGACGUGGUCGUUCCCAUCGAAACUGGCAUAGGCGGUGGUGAACAACGCGGGCAAAUUGAAUCUGAGUUCGCUACAGAUGCAUCGAACCUGGCACAUAGGUGCGGCACUAAUAUCCGUCAAUAGCACUAAGUUCCGUCAUAUGGUCUCAGGAAGCAUGAGGGACAGAUUUGAUAUUGCUCAGUUUUUUUUACGCGGUGACCCCGUUAAAAAAACCGCGUUAAUUGGAAAAUCCGCGUAAAAAAAAACCGCGUUAAUUGGAAAAUCCGCGUAAAAAAAAACCGCGUUUAUUGGAAAAUCCGCGUAAAAAAAACCGCGUUAAUUCGAAAAUCCGCCUAAAAAAACCUCGUAAAAAAACCGCGUAAAAAAAACCUGGGUGUAUUAUGAUAUGAAUCAUAGCUUACGUGCGUCCUGUCUAGAUUGAUAGUCUCUAAAAUAAGGAAUUAAAAAACCAAAAUAAUGUUGCUUUCUGUGGCACAUCUAUUUCAAAUCACGGAAUUGAGCUUGAGCUUGGGUAGACUGAACACUUCGCAGUUGCUCUCCGUGAUUGAUCUGAAUCAGCGAAAUUGCACCAAAAACACACUGAAUGCACAUUGUGCAAGUAUCGGAGAUUUGAACUUUAAAUAGUCAAUAACGACGCCGGUCACGUCCUUACUGUCACCAGAAUGUUAGUGUGAUAUUCGCGGCUAACCUUUUUUUCUAAAACGCAGCGGUCUGUUUUAAAUCACUGGGUUACCUUCAAACAUUCCAGUAGCGCUAUAAAAAUCUUGUCCAAACAGCUUUCAAGAAAGAAAUUUAAAUUAACUUCGAGUCCAAUCUUGAGCUUGAUCUUGUUUAAACAUUCCACUAUAGAAACUGUGCCGUGAGAGUUUUUAAACCCAGUUUAGCAUACCCUUCAUAGCAUUUAAUCGAAUUUUGUUAUUUUUACUUCAGUGCCUCAAUGUUUUUGAUUUGUGUGUUUGUCAUAAUCCUAACAGAUUAGCAUAUUUAUUGCAAGUCACUUAUUUUUUUGACGAUUAUUUUGUCGCCUUUGAUUUUUAUUUUCAAUCCUUUUGAGAUCCGGGUCCGUCUUCCUCAGGUCCUGGCCAUCCGAAAAUUGUCUUUGUUUUUUUUUUAAAUAAAAGGGGAAUUAUUCCUCGCGUAGUCUUACGUUUACGAUUUAUCAAGCACGCUGUGAAACAAUCAAAUCAGAUUUAAAUCAACAUUGAAAUUACUCAGAUGGUUUCUCGAUGGUUAAUGUUAAUCGAUAUCGAUCUGAAAUAGGUACUCCGCCACUCUCCCUAUCACGACAGUUGCAGCAAACCCCGUUCUGCAGAUCCUAUCCACCACACUUCUGCCAUCAUAACAUGUUUUUCCCUGGCAUCUGUCUAGCAAGUUUAUCCCAAAGUUUUAAAAAGAGAGAAAAAACACGUGCUAAGCAAACGUUUUUUCGUUUCAAUUCGGAACAAGCAAAAAUCGUAGGAAAUUAAGAACAGGAAUUUAGUAGCCUUUCGGCAAAAGUUUGGAAAACUAAAAAAAAAAACGUUUUGCAAUAUAUAAUCGCUUCUAAUUCUAGAAACAAAAGAAGAAGAAAAAACACUCGAGCGAAAACUUAUUCUUGAGCAGUGAGAAAAAAGGGAUAACGUGAAGUAAGAAGAAGAAAAUAUAUAGGCAACCAUUUCUCGUCCAUCUUUUUCUAUGAUAUAUUAAAUUGUAAAGACGUUUGUAUUUUUACAAAAAAAAUAUAUAUAAAAAGAAAAAAUAAUGAAAAAGGGAAAAAAGUAUAUAUUUUGUUAUGACCAGUAAUUUUUUUGUAGUACCAGUCGAAAUAUGGAACCAACACAAUAGUUACUAAAAUGCUUGUUACUUUUCGACUACAGAGAUCAAGAACGAUGAGAACACCACUCUUUGAGUAAUUGUUUUCCUCGAACAAAAAAAAAGAAGAUAAACAAAGAAAUAAAAUAGAGGCGAAUGAACUUCAAAGUAAAAACAAACAAACAAACAAACAAGAAAUAAAAGAAGCAAAAUGAGAAGAGCAAUUAAUUAGUUCGUAAGCAAAUCUUUAAUCUAGGAAAAGAUAACGCCAUGUUUGACUUGUUUCGGGAUGAUUUCAGUUAGGUAUAUUCUCGAACUUGUGAGUAUAUUUAGAACAGCAGGAUUUUAUCACGGUUCAACAAUGGACAGAUUGCAAUCCAGGUCUUCCACAACGAGAGUUUCUUCCCCCUCGUUUUGAAGACUCCAAGUGCAAUAACUUUAGUCUUAUUCGUAUGAUUUGCACAAAAUUUUUAUUAUGAACCCAAGUGACACCAAUUGCCUAUCGAAAACAAGAACUCGAUCCAUAAGUGUGUUGAAAACUGCGUUAUCUGAUUUUAUUGUUCAAAUCCUGCUGCUUCUAAUCGGGGUUGUGUGAACUACAGAAGAAUUUAUGAAUUUUAGCCUUCAGUUAACUCGGCAUACUUGGUGUAUCUCUACAGCACAACCAUUUCUCAUAAUCAGUAAAACCAGAGACCGGAACUUCUGUAUUAAGGUGAGGCUAAAACAAAGAAGUGUUUUCUUUCAAAACCAAUACCACGCAUCAAAAUACCAACGUUACUCACAUAUAAAAGCACUGUUAAGAUGAUAUCACGAGAGGUUAAACAUUUUCAUCAGAAACUGACGAAUUGUGUUAGCGUAUAGCGAUUUAGUUGACAGGCUAAUUAACCAAAUACCAAAUUUAGAAAAAAACAUCCAUCUCCACGAGGACGUAAAAAACCGUUGGAAUGUAAGGUUAGGAUUUAUCCGUCGAAGCAGCCAACCAAUAUUGGUCGAUUUUUUGCUACAAACACUUUUUGUAUACUGAAAAAAACGAGAAGAAAAAAAAACAAAAAACACGUGCAAAAUUUCCGCCCCUUUGUAGUAGAGUCAAACCGCACGCACAGACAUGUUUUUUCUGUACCGAUGCUUACCGAAACCACCCGCGUGCGCCGCAAUGACACAGGUCUGCCAUUUUAGGGGAAAAACAGAUAUAGCCAGCCAAGUAGACGGACAAAAAAACAUGCAAUCGAUUUUUUUUCCUCGUAGCUAGACAAGCUGUAUUGGCGACAAUGUUAACAAGUGCAUAGCUAAUUUAUACGUGUAAACGCUUCAUUAUUAGGUCUGAAAGGCGAAAGACACAGCAGUGAGGAUGCAAGAAGUUUAGAGAAGAGUACCGGUGCUUAGGACCACUCUAGGAGUAACCGCUUGACAUAGAAGAGAUCAAUGCUUUAUCGAACUAUUAGGAAGCCAUUAAUUGAACUUGUUACCGACCGAAUCAUUACUCAUGCAUGUGAAUGUUAUAUGUCGUAAUGUACGACAUGUGACGGAGAUGGUAAUAAAGGAAGCUACAGACUAUUUUGGAUUUUGGAAAGUCAUUUUUAAAAUAAAUUGUAUUUAUGUUGGAUCUACGCAUACUACCGAGUUCAUUGUGGUGCUACGAAUCCGUAAAAUAUUCGAAUUGUAUCCUGGUCACUCACUAUUCACACUCUGCUGAUAGACGCUUGAUAACAUCACAAUGCAUUAGAAGAUUUUUAAUGAGCAAUAGAAAAUUCUAAUAGCUUCACGGAAAAUUUACACUUAAUGAUUAAUUUCUUUGAACAAGACUUCAUCUUCUUUUUCUUCAAUGGCACUAACGUUCCUAGAGGAACUUCGCUGUCUCAACGUAGUAUUACUUGCGUCAUUUUCAUUAGUAAUUAGUUGAGAUUUCUAUGCCAAAUAACACGCCUUGAAUGCAUUCUGAGUGGCAAGCUCUAGAAUACGCGUGAUGCAAGUCGACAGUGCAAGUCGGAGGGAAUUUCUUUGACGAAAAAUACCCCCGGAGCACAAAGACUUCAUCAGAGGGAUGAUUAUUUACACGCAGGCUUCUCAUGACUAUCCAAACAGACACUUCGUUUUCAACGUUCCAAUUACGAAAUGCGUUCGAAAAUUUCCAUUCAUAUUACCGAUUGCUUUAACGCAAUCCUCGAGUCGGGUUUUUAUUAAAUUUCAACAGGUGUAACACUUAAGGCUUUUGCCUCGUCGUAUCAUCUAGAGCUGAAUCAAUAGUGAUGUAGCCUUCAACAAUUUUAUAAGUUUUGUUUCGCUCUUGUUUUUUUUUUGGUAUAUGAUUGUCGAACAGAUAUUCACCCUUAUUCUGUAUUUCGAUCGAUUCGAAAUAUUUCGAACGACUUGAUAAAAUUCCAUUCUGUAUUCCGUUCGAGUACUUUUUGAAUUUCGUUCGAUCUGUUUCUCUUCGAACAUUAAAUGGGCAAAAUGUUCGAAAUAGGGAAUGCGAAACUAUAAUUCGAACGAAAUAACGAUUUCGAACGAACUGGAAAUCCGUCGGAAUACAGAAUAGGGCUGAUUGAUACGUUAGCUUUGGUGGUCUAUUCUGUUGUGAAACGGUAGCUAACAGGAAGCAAAGCUGUGUAUUUAGUAAAACAAGGAAGAAACUUCAAUUAUAAUAACGGCACUUGGAUUACAAGAUUGAACAAGAUUCAAUCACGUAUUUAUCGUACAAAGAUAUGGUUUGGAAUGAACAAGUACAGUUGUUGCUCACGUUGAAGGGUUUUGUUACGUUAAUAUCAGCAGCGAAGUUGGGAUGUCCGAAAUGCUAAAUCCUAGAAAACAUGUAGGGGUGUUCAUUGCACUACUCCAACACUCCUCACUGGACACCACAGUCGCUAAAUUCGUUAGUCCAAUAUCGUCCAGUAACCUCCCGAACUUCGUAGCACCUAGCGGCUACGUGAGGGUAUUCGCUAUCAUUCGCUAUGAUAGACAGUAAAUCAGCUCGACAGUCCCGUUGUCACUCAAAUCCUUUAUGAAAUGACUAAUCGUUAUAAUAUAUGAUUAUCUUCAGAUACAAUUUUUGUUGGAGAUUAUUUGACCACAUAAAGGAACAAGGAACAUGGAAUUUGUAAAAUCGAAUAUUUUUUUUCGAUGCCAAAUGACUUAAAAUGCAUAAAACGUCGAGAUCUGGGGUGACAUUGCGCUUUCAAAACGAGUGGUUUUUGUUCGUUUCGACUACUUUGACUUUGCUUUAUUUACGAAACCAAAAAUUUUACAUUUCUCUACGAGACAAAUCUUGCUCUAAAUCUAGUAUACUGAAAAUAUUAACUUGAAAAUGAUAAAUAAUACUAAAACCAAUUCGAUUCGAUUUGAGUUCGAAUUUUCUCGAAACGAGUUACUCGUUUCGAAAUGCGCAAUGACACCCCUGGUGUCAUUUCGAAAAAAAUUGGCCGAAAAUCGACCUAUUAUUUCAUUAUAAAGGGUGUCCCACAUCAGAUCGCAUCACGGAAAAAACUCUUGUAGAAAAUUACCUAGUUGACUGAUUCUUUUCAAACUUCCAGACAUUAUAACCCAUUAGUAAGCUUUGAGCAUAUUUAUUGUAUUCAACUUCGAUACCAUAACCGUAUGAUCGUACUUUACGUUAACUCCACUCAUAAGGUUCUGUACAACAUGUGGCUGCAGCUUCUUCUGUACGGAAACUCACUUUUUCUUCAUCUCAAAUUUUACUUCAUUGGGAUGCUUCCGUGGUGCCUACUUCAUAAUAGCCCAGUAUUUUUCGAUGGUCCUUAGGCUUUGGGGGGGGGGUCUCAUGUCUUUGGGUACGAAAGUGACCCCAUUGACAUCGCGUUUCACUCCAGGACAUCCAUUGCACGAAUCUAGAUCCGGCCAGAAGGUCGUAGGGCCCUCGAGUUGCUCCAACAGAGGAAGCAGACGCUUCUGUAGACACUCCUUGAGGUAGAUCUGUCCGUUAACAGUCCCGGUAGUCACGAACGGCGCGCUUUGUUUCCACAUGAGCAGAUGAUGAGACGAUGAGGCUCCGUCGGCAUCUGGGUGUACAGUUUCCGGGCCCGUGACUAUCCCACCGUAUUUUGCCGUGUACGUGUGCAUUCCCUCCCGGUCCUUGGCUCUCUGAACGAAAGACUUGAACAGAUUCAACUUUUUGGCCACAUCCCUGAUCGUAGCAUUAGGAAUCCGCUUGAAUGCUUCCACGACACACUUGUGAUCCUGAUCACUAAUAGAACAUCCAUUCUGACCGCAUUUCUCAUUCCGUUCGAUGUUCAGAGUUUCGUAGUAACUUUGAAUCACACGACUCACCGUUGUCUGCACGAGUCCGAGUUGUUUUCCGAUGUCCCGAUGAGAGAGUUGAGGAUUUUCCAGGUGCUUGCGCAAAAUCAAUUCGCGACGUUACUUUUCGGGUGCCGCCUUUUUUCCAAUUUUCGAAAAACUGACAGCGAUGAAAAUACAGUGUAAACAAUACACUCUAAACUACUCCUACCCAAAUUUUCAAGAGAUAAUACACAAUGGGUAAUUUUCUACAACGUUUUUUUUCGUGAUGCAAUUUGAUGUGGGACACCCUUUAGGUGCUUCUAGGAUACCCGUUCUCUGCGUUAACAAACUGACAUAUUGGAGAAUGCUGGACAUUGGAAGAGCAAAAAGUUCUCUGGCAAUACAAUGCAGAAUGGAUUUUUUGGGCUCGAUCGUGGCGGAAUAUGAUACCACCUUGCAGGCUUCUUCUGAAUCGGUGUGGUUCAUUGAUUUUUGCUACAGCCUUGGCAUGCCGUUGGUUGGUUGAUCAACCAGGCUCUUGGGGUGACUCUUUCUUGAGUGCCAGGAGAUCAUACACGGCUCGGAACAGUUGGCGUUUCAAAUUACGUUUAUUAUCAUCGGCCAUUGUCACAGUACCACUGAAGCGACUGUAGUGGCAACUUGCUUGUUUAGCAGCCGUAUUAAACGGAAGGAGACGUUUCUUCAAGCACUCUUCCCUAUACAUUUUCGAGUCCAUUGCCUUGUUUGUGACGAAAAUCUUGGUUUUCUGUCCACAGCUAUAAAUCCCUAGCCAAAUCAAGUACUUCCUGGCAAAUUUAUCAGCGAAAACGAAAACGAGCCUUAUAGAAUUUCAGGUCUGAGAGCUGUCCAAAAUCCAUCUUCACCUACGUUUCCUCAGCUUUCGAUCGUAAGUUUCACUACGACACGUCUUCUGAUCCAUCCGAACAACAGUUGCACGUUCAUGAAAACGUUUCAGCAUGUCAUACACGGUCGAUUCACCCACCCUCAGCGAUUUCGUGGUUUCAGUACCUUACCACGCCAGAUUUUUAAUGUGCUUCCAUCCUGCACAACUUUCUUAAAACAAAACGGAGUAACGUGAAGUUUUUACCUUCGAAAGAUAUAGGUUUUCAAAACAAUUUGUUGCCAGAAGAUUUCAGAUACGCCUGCUACGAACGCUGCUAUAAAAUGAACAGCGAUUCCGGAUUCUAAUCGUUUCAAGCUUCAUGUGCUUCUCCCUCCAAUAACAGUAGAAGGUACUGCAGGUUCGGUAUUGUGGGAAUAUCCGCAUUGGAAUGGACCAUGGAGGUGAACGUAUCACGAAGAAAGACCAUCUGGACAAGUCUCCGGAGAAUUUUGAAAGACCAGUCAUGGGUAAUCUUGGAAAUUCGUUGAAAGAGGAUGUUAUUCGCUGUAAAAGACGCAUAAUGUGGUAAGAAAAAACGAGUUAUUUUUCUCCUUUUUCGAAUUUCUUCUAGAAGUUUUUUGAGGGGAAAGAAAAGACGUCUGACUUUUUUGGUUAUUCCAGCGUUUUGGUACAAUAAACUUCAUUUACCACACAGAGUGUAAUACAUGGUCAGUUUCGAUCUUUGUGAAAAUCAGUGCGGUCAUAAAAGUUGUUUCACACAUGCAAGCUACUUGGCAGAUGUCAGAUGAUUUUAUUUAUCAAAUGUCGAUAACAGUUGUACCAACUUAAUGCAAGAAGAAUCUUCUAAAUACUUAGCGCAGGUUUUAGAAAUGAAGAUUCUCGCGUAUUUAAUUGGAAUUGCUUCCUUUUGACUUUGUUGGUAAGAAAUGGAGUUCACCAAUCGGAUUCCCUCCAGUAAUUUUUUUUCAGAUUGAUUCAGCACCUUUUAUUGUAAGAUGGAUCCGAACCAGCGACACAUAUACAUUCUUCCACUAUAAAGACACGCAUCUCGGCACAUUUAUACUAACACACACAUACCAGCGCGAUAGAGAGGCCAUACAGCUUUCGCGGUUUAUCAAAACAAAUCAGACCUUUCGGUGAUGCAGCUUCAUUCGUCCAAAAUAAAUAUGCUGUUAUUUCUCCUCCUAUAUUCUCAUAGCACAACAACAAAGGUGUAUUUUAGAAAAGAAAAACAUGAAAAAAGACAUCUAUUGCUUCAUAUAUUUGCUUUAACGCUUUUACGAAAACAAAAGCACUAGGUAUAUUUACAAAAAGAACUAAUAGCUAAAAAAAACAAAAGGACACGGGAUCGUGUGGAGAUCAGAUAUUGUACAUAUGGGUAUACAAUUACAAUACACUAAUAGAGGUGAACCAACGGAGAAAAAUAGCGGAAUAUUUACGCCAAAUUUUAGCGCAAAUACAAUACAACACAGAUAAUAGCAAACCGAUACCAAAAAAAGAUGGAUACAACAAGGAAUACACAAUACACUAGCAAAGCAACCAAUGUAAAAGUAGUGAACAACCACAGAAACCCAGAACUGUAUUUUUGUCUCUUCAUUUUGACCAAAAUAGCAGCAAAAACAUACCCGAUACAUGGAAUAAAAAUAGAGAGGGGAAUAAUGAAUUUAGAAAAUAACCGACUAACGCAACUACAGAAACCGUUUGACCGCGAAGGUUUGACCGACAAAGCUUCGUGAAAGGUGAAACGCAUUUUAACACACAGCCUGACGAAUUUUACGCAUAGGCAACGAGACUACUCGAAGUAGUGGUUGAAUAAAAUAAACAAAAAAAAUAGAGCAAAACAGAGAAAUAAUACAAAUGGAAUAAAGUAGUUAAAACGUGAGAAGAAACACACAAAUGCGCACUGCCAUCUUUUAACGAGUUUCUUCUGAGAUAUCUUCAAAUAUGUCUUUGUUGGGAUUCCAACUAUUGCGUUAAUUCGAUUUGUCCUCGGUUGUUCUGCUGAAAAAUUGUAAAUAUUUCGUACGGAUUUUGGUUCUAAUUCAAGUCGCGACACUUUCAAAGGUGGGAAGUUACUGUUUCCGACACAAAAUUAAAAAUCCUUUUUGUAACAUUCCUCAGUAAGUAUGAAUGUUGAUAACGAAAAAGCAAAAAAAAAACUCUAAAGUACGGAUAAGCAUUUUCAAUUUUCCUCUUCUAGAAAACACAAGAAAAUCUAAUUUCCCAGAACAAAAUAAAAAGAAAACGGAGAGGAAUAGCGAUAUUACCAAAUAGUUCACGAUUAAAGGUAUAUGCAACACAUGCCACAUGCAACAUGCAACAAUGAUUCUACGAAUAAAAGAAUGUUACACAGUUGUUAUACAUAGAAGCCCGGCAGUAAAUAAACCUUGGGAAUGAAGUCUCGGAAAAGAAAGAAAAAAACGACAAUAUGUACAUAAGAAAACAAGCAUAAAAGUAAUUUAAUUAUUAUUUGAGACAAGCAGACAACAGAAAAUUAUAUUAAUGUUAUCACAGAAAACUAAUAAAUUCGACAAAAAAAAAUAAUUUAAAAUAAUCAUAAGAGAGAUACUAUCGAUAACUACAAUAAACAAAAAAGGAACAGAAGAAAAAGAAACGCGCGUAAAAUAACUAGGACUUUCUUGUACAUAAUUAGUAAUCAACAAACAAACAAAAUAUGAAAAAAGAACACUUAACACUGCAAAAAUCAUAAUAUUAAAAAAAAUUGCAACUAGACACUAUAUUCAUUGAUAACAAAAUGAAUGAAAGAAAAAAAAACAUGCAACCAAGCAACCAGAAUCCGAGUUAGGACGAGAAGCAGCAAAAAAUAAAUAAGAAAUUUAAAACUAAGAAAAUUAGCAACACUUUGCAGAGGAAAUAUGAUGACGAUGACAACAACAAACCAAA